UCUGGAAGACCACACGGACAGACUCGAACUCCGGGUUAACUUUCCCUAACUUUGUCUAAAUUAGUCAAAAACCUCCAAAUGUUUCUCUCUGUUUCGUUAAAAGCUGGCGCAGGUGGUUUCGGUUGAUACAGCUGAAAACUUUGGUGCGUUUUCCUCGUCUUUCUGUGGGGUCAGUAACCUGGGAAGAGAGCAGAAAAAGGAUUUACCGCAAACUGGGAAUUAUCUGUGGUGGCGUAUUGAGAAUCCUGUCCUUUGUAGAAGCUUUAAGUAGCCUGUUUGCUAUUUGUAUCUUCUUCAAAGGUAAUAAAUAGGUAACAUAAGGAGAAGAAGGCCAAAAUCCACCUGCUGCAAGGAGAAACAGAAAAUCUUUGUUGCCAAGGUCUAAGACCACCCGCCCUGAGGGGCCAAGGGGAGAAGGAGAGAACGACAUAAAGACUAAAGAAACGAAGGAGACCGACCAUUGUCUAUUGUCCAAAGCUACCUCCUGAGUUAAGAUGUAUGCUGAGAAGGUUGUGACAGAGGGGAAGAUGGGGAGCAGGGGCAUCUCGCUGACCUGUGUGCUAACCCCCUGUCGUGUCAUUGGAGUGUGUGUGGUGCUGAUGACCCUGGGAGCCAUCGGAGCAGCCGUCUGGGCCGUAGUUACAUAUUGCACAAUGGAGGAAGACAUGGGACUGUAUGAUGUCCAGGUAAAUUCUGCAGACCAGCGUCUCAGGGUCUUCGACUCCACUCACAAAAGGUGGCGUCAAGUGUGUUCCUCAUCAGCCAAUGAGCUGCUAGCUAGCAUCAGCUGUGAAGAAGUGGGUUUUGUCAGUGUGGUGAAUUAUUCUGUCACAUCAGUGCCAGAGGCCAGUGGAGAUGGAGGCGAGUUCUUCUGUGUAACAGAGAAAGAGCUCAGCUACGGCAAGAAAAUCAAGGACUCAUUGUUCCCAUGUGACUGUGAGAGCAGAGAGGUUCUCACUCUGCUGUGUCAAGACUGCGGCAGGCGAAGUUUUGCUGCAGACCGUAUCGUUAAUGGUGUGGAUGCCAGGCAGGGAAGCUGGCCGUGGCAGGUGAGCCUGCAGUAUGAAGGAGUCCAUCAAUGUGGGGGAUCUAUCAUCUCAGACCGCUGGAUUGUCUCUGCAGCUCACUGCUUCCCUGAACGGAAUCGCUUUGUUAACCGAUGGCGUGUGCUUCUGGGCUCCAUCUACAACAAACCUGGGAACGGUAACCUGGUGGAGGUGAAGACCAUCGUUUACCACAGCAGCUACCUGCCCUUUGUGGAUGCUAACAUUGAUGACAACAGUAGAGACAUUGCUGUCCUGGCCCUCACACAGCCUCUCACUUUCAGUGAACACAUCCAGCCUGUUUGCCUGCCAGCGUACGGCCAACGACUGAUCGAUGGACAGAUUGGAACAGUAACAGGCUGGGGAAACGUAGGAUACUACGGUCAUCAAGCAGAUGUUCUGCAGGAAGCAAAUGUCCCGAUCAUUAGCGACAACGUUUGUAACGGUCCUGAAUACUACGAUAACCAGAUCACCACCAGUAUGUUCUGUGCUGGUUAUGAGAAAGGAGGCAUUGAUGCCUGCCAGGGAGACAGUGGUGGUCCGUUUGUGGCAGACGACUGCCUAUCUAAGACCAGCCGCUAUCGUUUGCUGGGUGUGGUGAGCUGGGGAACGGGCUGUGCCAUGGCUAAGAAACCCGGCGUCUACACCAGAGUGUCCAGAUUUCUACCCUGGAUAUCUACUGCCAUGAGGAAUUAUCAAAACUCACCAGGACUUCACAAAAUGGCCCGGACAUGAGAUUCCUACAUUCUCUUUUAUACUUUUUCUAUUCUUGGAUGACUGUUUUGAAAGACAAGUCAACGGGGACUGUACAGAGAAAGGAUAAAAGGAUGUCAGGUUGCCCUCGGGUCAUGGUCCAAGAGAUAACGCCUUAUCUUUAACUUUAUUAUGAGGAUCUAAUGCCAAAAUUAUUUUGUGUCUACCAAAGCUGCUGAAAGAUGUCCUCAGACAGAAAGAGCUCUUUAAGAGAUGGGAAGUUUUGAACUCUUAAAGGAGUUAUUAAGUUUGGCAUGUCUUUUUAUACAAUAAUUAAACACCAAAUGACUAAAGAUGGAAUUACAUUAAUACACUAUCAAAGAUGCCAGUUUUAUGGGCUCCAAUUAGAUUAUUUUCUCAACAGCUGCAGUCACUAGAAGUUAUAAUUCAGCAUUUUAACACAUGAGCAUUCACUUACUGUGCAGGUCAGUCAGAAAGUAUUCAUAGCCCCUUCACUUUUUUUGAUUUUGUUAUGUCACAGUCAUUUAAAUUCCUUUUUAUUGUCAUUAAUCUACACUCAGUACUCUGUCAUAAAAAAAGCAAAAAGAUAAUGAAAAAACAUGUAAAUGCAUUAAAAUUAAUUACUGAAAUAUCCCAAUUACAUGAAUAAUUAGACCCUUUGCAACAACACUUGGAAUUUCGCUCAGGUGCCUCCCAUUUCUCUUGAUCUUUAUGAGAUGUUUCUACACGUUGAUUGGUGUCCACCUGUGGUAACUUAAACUGAUUGGACAUGAUUUGGAUAUGCACACACCCCUCUAAGAAGGCCUCACAGCUGACAAUGCCUGCAGAGCUCAGAGACAGGAUUGUUGCAAGGCACAGUUCCAGGGAAGGGUACAAAAAAAUCUGCUGUACCGAAGGAUCCUGACAGAGAACCCAAGAACCCAAUGGUCACACAGACUGAGCUCCAGAGCUCCUGUGUGGAGAUUGGACAAAGUUCCAGAAGGUCAACCAUCACUGCAGCCCUCCACUGAUCUAGGCAUUAUGGCAGUGGCUAGAUAUAAGCCUUUCCUCAGUGCAAAACACAUGAAAGCCCACUUGGAGUUUGCACUUGAAGCUCUUGAAGGACUCUCAGACUGUGAGAAACAAGACUCUCUGGUCUGAUGAAACCAAGAUUGAACUGUUUGGCUUCAGUUCUAAACAUUAUAUCUAGAGGACACCUCAUCACCUGCCAAAUACCAUCCCAACAGGGAAGCAUGGUGGUGGCAGCAUCAUGUUGUGGGACUGGGAGACUGGUCAGCAUUAGGGGAAAGCUGAAUGGAAGAGUUAUGAAUGCAGAGUUAUUGUCAAUGAAACCUCUUCAGCAGCACUCAGGACCUCAGGCUUGGCUGAAGGUUCACCCUCCUACAUGACAAUGACCCUAAGCAAACAGCCAAGACAACACAGGAGUAGCUUAGGGACCAUUCUGUGAAUGUCCUUGAGUGGCCCAACCAGAGCCCUGACUUGAACCAUAUCCAGCAUCCGUGUCGAAUAGACCUAGAAAUGGCUGUCCACCAAUGGUCCCCAUCCAGUUGGAUAGGAGAAAAGCUUUGUGCGUCAUAUUCAAAAGAUUGUAAUUGCUGCCAAAGGUGCUUUAACUGAGUACUUAGUAAAGGGUCUGAAUACUUAUGUCAGUGUAACAUUUCAGUUUUCAAGUUGUCAUUCAGCUUCUGAGUGUAGAUUAAUGAGAGAGAAAAAUGAGUUCAAACUACUGAAGCAUCAGGCUGCAACAAACAAAACUGAUAAAAGGGGGUCUGGAUACUUUCUGAAUGCACUGUAGGUUCAUCCAUAGCACUCUGGAUAUGAUUAUAAAAAUAUAUUCAUUAGUUACAUUGUUUCAUCCAGCACAGUAAGCCACACUUAACACAGACUGCAUUUCUGAGUUUUACAAAGAUCAUAAAUGAUCUCUUAAAAGCUUGGCUCUUUGUGCUUGUAAAGUACUUUUACAUUUUAAAGUGUUAAUGAAGGAAGCAGGAAAACACAAACAGAAACAAGCACAUAGAGCUACAGAUCUAAAACUUGAUAAAUUUUGAGUAAUGCUAACUUUAACUGUCCUUUGUGAGAAUUAUUUUAUAUAAUAACAGCACAUAUCCAAAUUUCUACAAAUAAAUGCCUCUUUAUAUGCAGUAGUUUUAUUUUAUAAAGGAAAAAAAUGUUCAUUCAUGACUUUGUUGGUGAGGAUAAAACAGGAUUUCAGUAAUAUUAAGAUCAGAAUUUUGUUGUCGUCUUGUAAAUAUUUGUCAAUGUGUAGAUUUUUUUGAGACAUGUUACAGAUUUCUUUACAAUCUAAAUGCCCUAAAAAGUCAGGAGUCUUAAUCACAAUCACAAUCUCAGAGAUAUAUCCUGAUGGAAACAUCUUUUCUAUCAUCACCAUGCACCGUUGUGUCUUUUCAUAAAUAUCAAGAGUGAAGAACUGAUUUAAAAAAAAAAAAAAAUCCUCAUUGUUCUUUAAAAACUGAAACACAGAAAUAUAUUUCAUCAUUUUACCUAGGUUUUUUUUAGUUUUUUUAUAGGUCAGGUAACAGUGGCAUGAAGAAUUAUUUUUUCGCUCUUUUCUUUUUGAUAAUACCUUUACACAUUUAGAAAAAAAGUGCCUGAAAAAAACAUUUUGAGUCAAACAGUGGUUAUUUGCACACUUUAUUGAAGCUCUUAUGACUUGAUUAAAUAUGUCUGUCCUUAAUAAAAUUGAAAAACAUGACAAAAGUUAAUGCUGGUGUCAUUAGCAGACAUACAAUAUACAAUGCAAUGUGACUUUCAUGAUACAAUUAUGAAAUACAAUUAAAUAAUAAUAAAG